ACCAUGAUGCGUGGAAUCCUCGUCAAAGCUUUGGGCGAUCCGCAUGUGAUGAAAAUGGCGGAGAUUCCCAUUCCCAAAAUCUCCCCGAACGAAGUUCUGGUUCGCGUCGACUACGCCGGGGUCAAUCCUGUGGACACCUACGUACGAGCAGGCACGUUCGGUCGCUCGCCACCCCUACCCUACACUCCCGGAAAAGACGGAGCCGGCACCGUAGAGCGAGUCGGGGCCAAAGUCAGGCACGUCGCCCCCGGAGACAAAGUCUUCUUCUGUUCGAUGUUCAGUGACGGAGGUCACGGGUCCUAUGCCGAGUUGGCGGUAGCCGAGGAGAAUGAAGUCUGGCCUCUGCCGGGAGGAGACUCGAGCUUAGGCGCUGCGCUAGGAACACCCUACUUGACGGCCUACAGAGCUCUCAUAACUAAGGGCAGAUGUACCAAGGGCGAAACCGUGUUGGUACAUGGAGGCAGCGGAGCCGUCGGUCAAGCCUGCGUUCAAAUCGCGAAGAACGAAGGGUUGCGGGUGAUCGCCACCGCGGGGAGUGCUGAAGGCCUCGACAUUUUACGUGAGCUCGGCGCCGAUCUCGUUCUGGACCACAAAUUGUCGGACGACAGGAAAAUCGCUGAGUUGAAGGAGAGAGCUCCCUCCGGAUUGGACAUCAUUGUCGAGAUGCGAGCGGAUCUGAAUCUAGGGACUGACUGUCAAGUUAUUGGCAAGAAGGGCAGGAUUUUGGUCGUGGGAAAUCGCGGUAGUACUACACUCGACGCACGAUUCUUGAUGUUUCCCGAAGCGUCCAUCUCAGGGGUGGCUAUUCUAGCGGCGACAAAGGAUGAGUUCAGAGAUGCGAGCAAGUAUGUCAGCGAUGGAGUGAGGGAAGGGUGGGCUCGUCCGAACAUAUCGAAGAUCUACUCCCUGGAGUCAGCACCCCAAGCUCACAUCGAUAUAAUAGAGAGUAGAGGUGGAGCCACUGGGAAAUUAUUGCUCGAUGUCGCCGCCUCUUUGAAAAAUGGAUGA